UCAAGGGGCGGCGCCUUUUUUUCUGCGUUCUUGUUUCAUGGGCGCGAACACCUCUGCUCAUCAUGGAGAACUAUUAGAGCCUUACUGGUGCAACAUGGAUCAGCGUCCCUUGCCACCGGGCAUGAAUGCUGGUAGCUACGCGCAGGAGGUGUACCCGCCCGGUGGACGAUUCGCAGCUCCCCCUGGGCCAGCGAUGGACUUUCAGCCAGGUCAUCCCUACCGGGAGGAUCCGUGGCUACGGGCUCCCACGUUACAGCCAUCUGGAGCUUCUUUUCGCGCCCGCGAGCCACCGCGUGCAGAGACACCUGCAGCCUUCCGCGGAGGCCUCGAUCGCGAUGCACCGCUGAUGCCUUCCUUCCAAGCAUUAGCAUAUGGCCGGGAUCCAUUCGAUGAGUCGUUUCACUCAAAGACACGUUUUGCUUCUUUCAGCGACCGGGACCGGGCGUUCGAGAGUUUGUCCACUGCAAGUACAGCCGAAAGCUUUCGAUAUCCUUCACUCGGCAGCCCAUUGUCUCCACCCGCGAGCAAGCCGUCCACGUUGCUGAUUUUUGACUGGGAUGACACACUGAUGUGCAGCUCAGCACUGAAUGCUGGCAACUUUCAGCCGCAUCAGUUUGUCCAGCUUGAAACCUUGGUCGAACAGGUGCUGACAACCUCAAUGAGGUUGGGCGAGACCGUUAUCGUGACCAAUGCUGAUCAGUUGUGGGUCACCGAGAGCACUCGACGCUUCCUCCCUCGGGUGCUGCCGCUUCUGUCCCGAAUCCAUGUUGUUUCAGCGCGCAAGCUGUUUGAGCAGAGUUGGCCGGGAGAUGUCUUCGCCUGGAAGCGGGAGGCGUUUCGAGAGGUGAUCGUCCCGUGGCAAUCAACAGCCAUGGCACCCGGAGGGAUGCACCUGGUCGUCCUCGGGGACUCUGCCGCCGAGAUGGAAGCCGCGCACAGCUCCUUGGUAGGGCUGGUCUCACCCUCUGCAGUGAAGACAGUGAAAUUUAAAGAGAUGCCAUCGGCCGAAGAAUUAUUGGAGCAGCUUCGCCUCAUCAACCAGGAGUUGCCCAUCAUCGUGGCAGAAGACCGGAGCAGCAAUAGGAAUUUGGCCAGUCAACUCUGGCUGCAGUCCCCUUCUGCUCCAUCAACGCUGCCGCCCACAGCAUACGGCACGAUGAGCUUCGGCGGCCGCUUCGGGAUGCCUUUGUCGGCCCCCAUCAUCUAGCAGCGGAACCUUGUGGCCAUUGGAAGCUGGCGAUGGCUUCCUUGUGGAAAAAAGAUGAAGAAAACAUAUGAAUAAUCUACAGUUAAUUGAUGGCACAUCAUGCUAAACGCAUGGUUUGGGUUGGUUCCUCCCAAAGGGAGCGAACUUGAACCCAUCUUUGUUGCCAUGCCCGCGUCAAGGGCGAACCGGGCUCUGAAAGGCACCAUUUUUCAGCAGCUGAAGAGGGGCCCUCUCUAGGGCACCCCUUCAAUCCAUCGAAAUUUGGCAUGAAUCAGCCAUGCUGUGAGUCAUGCGAGUGUCCAAAAAAAGGAGUCAUGAUUGUCACAAACUCCUUGGAACCCAG